ACUCUGGUGAGGGCUUAGGUGUGAUAACACCCGUGGUUUCCCAUAUCCGUAGGAGCUGGCGUGUUUGCUGCCUGCUGUCUCCCUUCCAUUAGCCUCAGCUAUUGGAUUUCCCACCCAGAAUCCUUAGGUAAAUGAGGUAACUGAAUGAAACGCAGUGGCUUGCAGCUUGGGAAAGCCGAAACUCGGGUGGAACCAUCAUCUAAAGCAGAAGCAGGAAGGUAGCCAUAUCUUACCCCAGUUCUCUUACAUCUGUUGCUGCAUAACUGAGGAGGAGAAGAUAGAAGGUUUGCUACAUAGACCAAUAUGAGCCAAGAGAAGCAGCGCAAGGGCUGUUUUGGAAGGGAAAAUAAGACCAGAUCAUGAUUCUGGAAGGAAGUGGUGUAAUGAAUCUCAACCCCAGCAACAACCUCCUCCACCAGCAGCCAGCCUGGACAGACAGCUACUCCACGUGCAAUGUUUCCAGCGGGUUCUUUGGAGGCCAGUGGCAUGAAAUCCACCCUCAGUACUGGACCAAGUACCAGGUGUGGGAGUGGCUCCAGCACCUUCUGGACACCAACCAGCUUGACGCCAGCUGCAUCCCUUUCCAGGAGUUUGACAUCAACGGCGAGCACCUCUGUAGCAUGAGUUUGCAGGAAUUCACCCGGGCAGCUGGGACGGCAGGACAGCUCCUCUACAGCAACCUGCAGCAUCUCAAGUGGAACGGCCAGUGCAGCAGUGACCUGUUCCAGUCCACACACAAUGUCAUUGUAAAGACCGAAGAAACCGACCCUUCUAUCAUGAACACCUGGAAAGAAGAAAACUUUUUAUACGACAGCAACUAUGGUAGCACAGUAGAUUUGUUGGACAGCAAAACUUUCUGCCGGGCCCAGAUCUCCAUGACAACCACCAGUCACCUUCCUGUUGCAGAGUCACCUGAUAUGAAAAAGGAACAAAACCACCCUGCAAAGUCCCACACCAAAAAGCACAAUCCUCGAGGGACUCACUUAUGGGAAUUCAUCCGCGACAUCCUCCUGAACCCAGACAAGAACCCAGGGUUAAUAAAGUGGGAAGACAGGUCUGAGGGCAUCUUCAGGUUCUUGAAAUCAGAGGCUGUGGCUCAAUUAUGGGGAAAAAAGAAAAACAACAGUAGCAUGACCUAUGAAAAACUCAGCCGUGCUAUGAGAUAUUACUACAAAAGAGAAAUUCUGGAGCGUGUGGAUGGACGAAGACUGGUAUAUAAAUUUGGGAAGAAUGCUCGUGGAUGGAGAGAAAAUGAAAACUGAAGCUGCCAACACUUUGAACAUAAACCAAAACACACACCAGAUAAAUAACAAAGAACUCCUAGACAUAAAUAUUUCAAAGACGGCUUUUCUCUGAUAUUUAUGUACCAAAAGGAAAAAAAAAAAUCUACUUCUAAUGGGAAGAAGGAACACUACAGUUGAUAAAAUUAUUUUGUUACUUUGAAGUAUGUCCUAUAUGGGGAACUAAUGUACACAGUUUUCUGUGAAAUAUGAUGCUGUAUGAGGUUGUGAUUUGUUUUUUGCCUCUAUUGUGAAGUUCUUUUCCACUGCAAGAAUAACUGGGUUUAUAACCUUGUGCUUCUUGCUAAGAGAAAGAAAAAAAAAAUCAGAGGGCAUUAAAUGUUUUUAUAUGCAAAAUGAUUUAGAAUAAGGUGAUGUAUCCUCGGCACAUCCAUGUGGCUUUGUUAAGAGAGAAGGGCAUGAUUGCUAGGUGAACUCCAGGAUCUCAAGUCAAGGUCAUAAACCUGAAGGAAAUGGGAAGCAUAACCUCCCCUCUAGGAGCCAGUGAGUGGAGAAUGGGGACUUCCGAAAUCCAGGGUGGACUGUAAUCUCUGUGUAUCACAUGACUUGCAGUGUUUAAAUCAAUGAGAAGAAUAAUGGUGGGGGCCUUUAUACUCAUUCUGAAAUGAUUUACCUGAUACCAAGGCAAUCUACCCCCUACCUUGCAUGGUUGGUGAAAAAACUUCAAUUGCAUCCUCUGUUCACAUGUAAUUAAGGAGUCCUGUUUGUAAGAUGGUUAAGAGCUCAGCUGCGAACCGAAAGGUUGGUGGUUCAAACCCACCAGCCACUCCAUGGGAGAAAAAUGUGGCAGUCUGCUUGCAUAAAGAUUUACAGCCUUGGAAACCCUAUGGGGAAGUUCUUCUCUGCCCUAUAGCGUCGCUAUGAGUUGGAAUCGACUCCACAGCAAUGGGCUUGGUUUGGUUUUUUUCAGUCUUGGUUCUUUUUAUCUCAACUGCUUAAAAAUAAGUAGGAAAAAGGAAGUGGUGGUGUGGAAAUGACUGAUGAGUUUCCUAGUCUGUCUCUUAAGCCCAGUAUUUCUCAGUCACCACUAUUGACAUUUUGGGGCUGGAUAAUUCUUUGUUGUGGAUCUGUCUUAUGCAUUGUAGGAUGUUUAGCAGUAUCCCUGACCUCUACCCAGUAAAUGCCAGUAGCACCCCCCAGCUGUGACAACCAAAACAGUCUCCAGAUACCACCAAAUGUCCCUGAUGAGAACCACUGAGUUAGCCAGUCAAGAUAAAAGAUGGCAGUGUAUUCUCAGGCCACAAUGAUUUGUAACAUCUUUUAGUCUCUAGAGGAAAGCAAAAGCAAGACUUCAGUGUCAACCCAUUUUUAAUUUUUAAGAAGUUAGAGACAAUGGAUUGAAAUAGCUAGCGGGAGUUCUUUUCAGAACCCCAGAUGAGAGCCAAAGUCAGAUAAAUUAAGUAGGGUUAGGUAGUAUGAGCUACAGUAGAAGACAUUUUCACUGGAAUUACAAAGCAGAGCCAAAGUUAUAUUGCAGAAGGAAGAAAUGGGAACACGCUAAGGGACUCUUUGCAUGAAUGGAUGUGUGUGUCUGUGUGAGCUCUGGGGAAAUCCAUCUUUGCGGGUUAUAAUUCUUAUAAUCUUUCCUCUUUUAGAUCAUCUUUCUCCUGUCUCAUCCAAACUUGUCCCAAAGUGAAUGGUUUGUUGGCUAGACUUGCAUCCAAAGGAAUGUUAAAAAAAAAAAAAGAAAGGAAGGAUGAAAAAGGGUAACAGAAAACUCAGCUCAGGAGCUAGUGUCACUAGGGAGUUUGGGGCCUUCUUGCUCUAGGGUACCAGGAAAGUUGUCAUUGGGCCAAGCAAUCUGUAGAAAGGCUAGCGUGUAGACACUUUAAAAAUGAGUUUGAAAACCCAGAUUUCUUUUGCGACUUUUCUUUCUGGCUCCCCCGUGUCCUUGGCUUUCUCCUCUAUCCUGUUUCUUUACCUUGAGCAAUAAUACGGGGAAGAAGACAUGCACCAAGAGGAGGGAGUAAGACCUACUGGCUCUUCAUCAAUUAAUAGAGCACCUACUACGGUGUCUUACCCAGCAGAUCUGCGCAAAAGUUGCAAAGUGUUGGUAAUGUAUCCAGAAGUAAGAAGAAUUAAGAACUUGUCCCAGCUAUAAUGAGAAGCAGGUGGGUGCUCUGGGAGGAUCAGCUUAUUGAGAUGAAUGACCUGAAGAUACAAGCAAAUCUGUCCAUUUUUAUUUCUGCCUUGCUUGGUCACCUCCGCAAAGGUGUCGUUUGGUAUUAUCAAGUAACAGCUACGAUGGGAGCUGAGAAAAAUCAUAAUGAACAGCGAAGACCUUGACUAUGCAAACAAGACUUCACUGCAGAAAGACAAACUCCACUUUUAAAGCAAAGGUAAACAACUGUGGGGCCUUCCUAGCACUUGGCUAUCCCUCACGCAGUGUAUUAAACAUUCAGAUAUUUGAAAUUGGUAUAACAAGUGGAUAUUUGUAAGUCUGUGUGUGUCUGAAUUGUGUGAAGUUCUUGGGGGUAUCUCCCAGUUUGCUCUCUGCUGUUCCUUCCUUGACUUUACUUCUGUGCAUCACCCAAGGUAGCGAGAUCUUCUCUGAGCUCAUCCUUCCCCAAACCUGUAAGUUUCUCACAUUCCCCCAAAGUGGCCUGGGCUCUUUCUGCAACCUCUCCAUUGAAGAGCAAUCCCUGCUAGUUGUAAAUGAAUCUGGGGAGUAACGACUGGAACAGGUCUGCAGAUAAUUAGCAGAUUGUGUUAUUCGUUGCAAGUGACAGUUUCUUGGCAUCCGAUACCUGCUUAAAUAGGCUGGAGUAUUAAGUUCUCAGCAUAUCCCUCUAUUGUCUUGGCUUGAGUUUGAUGCAUUUGCUAUGUGCUGUUCGUGACUUGGAGAACUCAGGGUAAUCAAGCCCUGCCAACCUGGGGUGUGAACAGAGUACUUUCCAGCAUGGUGUUGAAAGGGAGAGCAAAGUCCCAGCGAUAAGCCAGUAUAAGGUGGAGCCCCCACCUUCUUUUGGGGACACACAACUUCUCAUUUGAGAAUGUAUGCAUGGUCACAAAGCAUGGUCUCCUCGAACCUUUCUUAAGCUAAAGGCCUGGGCUCUUAUUUGCAGCUCUCAUGGGAACCUGAGGCAGGAACUGUAUUGCUAAGACUUUACUAGACCUAUAUCAUCUGAGGCUCCUAGAUACUUGACUUGAUAAUACUUGAGUAAGGUACUAGCUUCCAGGGACAUAUCCUACAGCUUCUUGAAUCUGCCUUCCGAGCAAGCAGACCCAGUUAUAUUUUCUUUUGAGCACAUUUGUCCCUUCUCAACAGUUCUUGCCUUGCUAGACUGUAAGCUCUUUGAGGGCAGGGACUGUGUCUUGUCACUACUGUUUUCCCAUUACCAAGCAUGAGACAGGCAAUCAAUAUUUGUUGAGUUAAUGAAUGACUGUCUUCUGGAAGACUCCUCUGACUGAAGGCCGUAUCAAUAAUUGGGACAUGAAUCAUUUCUACACUGGAAUAAGAGCACAAGGACCAAACCCUCAAGCACACAUUAUGUAUUAGAUGAACAUUUUUCUGUGAGACUCUUUACUUUGCCUCCCUACCUGCGCUGAAAUGAAACCAAAACAGGCUGUUUGGUUCCACAAGUCAAUUUAUGUUGGAUGAGAAUUUUGUUGCCUUAUUUGGAACUGUGAGAUACCUGGUACAAGAAGCCAGUAAUGAACCUUUGACUUGUUUUAACCAAUGAAGAUGAUGAAUGUGUUUAUAUGAUGUAAAUUGCUAUUUAAAUGUAAAGCACUUCUACGUUUGAGUAUUUUUGGGUUGGUUUUUAUUUUAUAUUUUUCAUUUUGAAAAAUGAGGAAUCUUUUGAUAAGGUUAGUAAAGCAUGUUAGAUUUUAGUUUUGCAAGUGUGUUAUUUUUCAAAUGCAUAAAAUAUAGAGAAAGGUGAACUAGUAAGAGGGAAAGGCAAUUAUAUUAUUCUUCUAUAGUUAAAAUAAGCAUUUGUUGAGUGCCUGCUAUGCGCACAGCAUGAAACUAUGUAUGUGAGGAGCUUGUGUAAUUACAUAGGGUUGAUAGAUACUUGGUGUGCACCUGAUGGAUGGAUACUUACUGUAUGAAUAGAGAAACAGCAUAGCAAUCAAUACCAGAGUUGAAUCAUCCUCAGCGUUGACUCUCAGGAUUCAGUUUCUGGAAUAAGAGAUAGAGCAUUUAAAAAACUUGUUAAGAGUGUGUCUUAUGAACCACUGAAAUGUACAGGCCUUCACAAGUUUAGCUAAAUUGGGAUUAAUCUUUCUAUAGCUGUCUGCAUAAUUCUUGCUUUUCUUCCCAUCUGGUUUCUGGGUUGGCAAUUUGUGGGAAACAACCUGACUGCCACUGUUUUUUAAAAAUCAGAAAUCUUGCCCUUUUAAACUACACAGUUAAAUUCAUGCUGAGGACUUCUGUUUUGUGAAAGAAGUAUAUUUUUCAAAAUAAGGUUUCUUGUUUGAUGGGUCCCAGAAAACACUAAUAAAAACCACGUAGACCAGCCUGUAAUUGUGUCUUUCAUUCUUCAACAAACCAUCUGGAGCUGGGCUUAGAGUAAGUGCACUUAGUCUAUAGCCAUGGAGCAUUAGCAGUUUCUGCAUUCAUUUACUCAAGAAGCCUCUAUUGAGCAUCUACUAUGUGUCAAGCACUGUCUUAGGUGCUGAGUUAUGGUAGAGAAACAAAGAGACAAACAUAUCUGCUGCCAUGAAACUAAUGCUUAAUUGGGUGGAAACAGACAGGAGCCAAAAAUUAACAAAUAAAUGUAGCAUAUCAAAUGUGUAGUAAAGAAAAGUAGAGUAAGGAAGAGGAGUAGAGAGUAUGAAGCAUAUGGGGGUAUACUGCAACUUUAGGCAGGCUUAAGAAGGAAACAUUUCAGUAAAGACCUGGAGGAGCUAAAGGAAGGUGCCAUGUUGAUAAGUAGGGGAGACUGAUCGCACAGAGAGACCAGCAUGUGCAAAGGUCCUGAGAUGGGUGUGUUCCUGACAUGUCCAAGGUACAGUGAGGAGAUCUGUUUGCCAGAGUAGACUAAGCAAUAGUAGGACAUGCUGUGAGAGAGGCACUGGAUGAUCAGAUCACACAGAAUUUGGAAACCAUGUGAAGGCUCUAGUUUUUCCUUUGAGUGAAAGGAGUACCAUGCUCUAACUUUGGUUUUAAAAGGAUCCUUCCAGCUGCUGUGUUGAGAAUGGAUUGCAGGGGAGCAAUUGGUGCUAGAUGUACAUUCUUAGUGAAGGAUGAGCAAAGGGAGGUAGAAAAGAUCACUCCCACAGCCAGGUUUCCAAUGCAAUACUUAAC